AUGACCGUCAAGAAUUACAAUCUCAGAAGGAAGAGGCAGCCGUUCUUCCAGUUCUUAGAUCUACCCGGUGAGCUUCGCAACAUGAUAUACGACAUCUGCCUGGACAACGAGAAGACGACAAGAAACCCUGAUAUGACGAAGAGAACGCGGGUUAAUCGGGGAUCAAUGGGAAGCAAGACUUUCUUGGACCACAACAUACGGCAAAAGCGCGUAAAGGAUAUCCGCGCGCGAAAGCCCACUAGAGAACAUAGAGUGCGAGAUGCCACCCGAAAAGUUGCGCUCGAAAAGAUUGUAGAGAGACGAGUCAAGCUCGCAACUCGUUCGAGGGACGGACUUACAGCUGGCGCCCACGAAGCCUUCUACUUGUACAAACUGGAGCACGACAUGUAUACUUUGCCAUCAAAGAGGGUGACAGAUGGCCAAAACAACCACGACCAAGGCAUAUUCAGGUCGGGCAACAGGACAACGAAGAAAGGUGUCCUGGAGAUCGAUGUCAGAGGCAACCUAGUCGACGACCUUCCGAUGCUUUCCUAUGUCGAUCGUGCGAUCUUCUCCGAAACCCUGUUCCUCUACUACUCCACGGUGAGAGAAGGGUUGUGGAUCAAAUGGACAGUCCGGAACCUGGACUUCUUCCCGUUCCUGCGAUUCUAUCAGGCAUUCACCAAGGGUGAAAACGCGGUUGAAAUUCCACCUUCAAGACUACACAUUGAAUUCGACAAGGAGAAGGAGGAGACUGAUGACGGCCUACAUGCGAAGAAGUUUGUCCAUGUAAAGAGACUGGUUGAACUGCACUGGCUGGACGGCUUUUCGCUCUGGGGCUGCUUAACCGGGUUAUCUGAUCGUCAAGAUUGCAAGGGACCGUUCGGAGACUACAUGUACUCUGUCCGUCAGGUCGUGGCGUUGUACCGUAUCGACCACGAAGCUUGGAAGUCGCUCUCUGUUGAAUACCUUCGCCGUUGUGAGGAAAUGGGUGAUGACGACGCUUUGGAGAGUAACUUCGCAACACUCUCCGACGCCGAGCUUGUUGAAGCAGUCAUCGAUAUGCUAUGCAGAGCGAUUGAGUACAACCUCGGGUACACAGGCAGCUAUGGACGCAUUGGUCGCGAUCAGACUGAGUGGGAUCAAGACAUCUUCGAAACUUUCAGGUAUAAGGGAUCGCAUGUCAAGACGGCUUAUGAGAAGGAGCAUGCGAUUGUUCGUGUUGUCAGCCUGUAUCGGAAGAAGGUCGACAGGACACUGCGGGAUCGGCUGGGAGAGGUGUACGAGGAUUGGGAGAGUGUUCCAGAUGACGCGCUCAUUCCUGAAGGGGUGGUGUUGUGA